UGUAACGUGCUACGAUUUUUGUCCAGGCAAAAUGAAUGGCUACCUAACACGGUUCCUGGGGGUCCUUUAUCAUCACAGUGCAGUUCAUGUGGCUCUGUCAAUGCUGUGACAGCGUAUGAUCAUUAAUAAAUUUUUAAGUAUACGUGUAAACUAUGUGGUCAGUCGCAUCAUCACGAUUUGUCCUUCAAAGCUGCUGGAAUUUUUCACAUCUAAACUCUUUGCUGAAUCGCAUACAACAUUUUUCACAAACGGCAUGCAAGAACACAGUUGUUGUGGAGCGUUGGUGGAAGGUCCCGUUGUCAAAAGAGGGAAGGCCACCCAGACUUUAUCCACGAAGACACAGAGUUUACCGCUUGGUCGAGGACACAAAACAUAAAGGCCAAGAUAAAAUGGAGCUCAUCCUUACACAGACAGUGCCUAACCUUGGUGGCCGAGGAGACACAGUUUUUGUGAAAAAGUCAGUAGGCCGCAACAAAUUGCUAUCCCAGGGUCUGGCUGUCUACCCCUCACAGGAAAACAAAGACAUGUUUACAGAGGAAAGAAGGCUACUGCGUGAAGGAAGGCCAGAGGACAGAAUCCAGACACGCACCGGAGAGCUAACUGUUGAAUUCUUAAAGAAAUCGAAACUUGAAGUCGGCAUGCACACUUCCAUUCAGUACUCGCUUACAAAAGAAAUUGUUAGCAGACAGUUUCUCAGACGGCUGGGUGUGGUUGUACCAACACACGCCUUGACACUCCCUGAAGAACCAAUCACAACGCUUGGAGAUUACUGGUGUGAUGUCACAGUGAAUGGAGUGGACACAGUCAGGGUGCCCAUGUCUGUGGUGCCGUUUGUGGAGCCGAGCCAACAGAGACUUAUGAGGAAACAACAAGAACAACAGUCUGAUUCAGAAUAGUUUUUCUUUAAUAAAGAUGAUGUGUUGUAGGCAAUAACUUCUUGGACAUAAGUGAGGAAUUUGGACAAAUUUUAUUUCCUUUAUUACACAUUUUCCAAGUUCAUGUAUAUUUUGAAAUAUACUGAUAUGAUUCAAUACUGUGUACUGAUGUGAAUCUAAUGAAAAUAAAUCUGAAAAAUGCAAAUGUCUUAAUCUUGUUUUUCCAAUUGUAAAUCUUGUUGUUUAAAUUACACAAAAUAUACACAAUAUCUAACAUGCAAAAAAACAUUUUUAUUCCAAAAGUAUUAUUGUUAUG